AAACUUCUGUCUCAAGACAACACAGGCACAUUCUGCAGUAAGUAUCCUCUCUCUCUUUGGGCUUUGCUUUAAUCAUAACUUAACAACAGUCCUGAAGGUUUUUAGGUUUUUUAAAGAGGAAUAAAAAGGCAUUUGUAACUGUUUUCAUUUAGCUUAAAUGUAAAAUUUUUAUCAUAAAAAGUGUGCAUAUACUGAAAACAUCUAAUUUCUUUACUCAUGCUAACUACAUUUUUCAAGGCAUUUUAAAUAUUUUUUUUCAACUAUCAUUUGUUCUUCUGUAGUCAGUCCUCAAUUUUAACUGUUAAUGUUUCUGCCAGGAUUUCCAAAUGCAUUUACAAUAACAGAUCAUAGACUAUUCAUCUUGUUUUGGAUAAUGCUUAAUUUAUCAUUUUGAUUUUGCGCCGCCUAUCGCAUCUUCUUAAGAGUUUUAUAGAUGUCAGAUUUUGGAGAACUUUUGAUCAGAUUGUCUUCAAAGUUUUCAGGUUUUUCUGAACAAUAGUGUUACUCUUGUGAUUUAGAAAACGAGAUGGAGUCGGAGAAGAUGAUCGAGGUGGCUACUCUUGGCAGGCCAUUCAGUCUUGGGAUGCUGUAUGACUGCCGUCAAGAUAAAGUCAUUCCUGGACUAACACUCUGGGACCGUGAUGACUUGGAAAAAGACAAAAGAGAAACUCAAAAACCAAACAGUGAAUUUGAAAUAGUUGCUUCUGAAUCUAUUGAGGACAAAUCUUCAGCCCUGGAUGUUGAAGCAUCUUUAAAAGCAAGUUUUUUAGGUGGCCUAGUUAAAGUUGAAGGAUCAGCCAAAUACCUCAAUGAUCAGAUGACGUCCAAAAAUCAAGCCAGAGUAACACUGAAGUACAAAGUUACCACAAAGUUCCAAGAAUUAUCAAUGAAUCAUCUUGGAAGAGGCAACAUGAAGCAUCCUUAUGUUUUUGAGAACAAAAUAGCAACACAUGUGGUCACAGGCAUUCUGUAUGGAGCUCAAGCWUUUUUUGUCUUUGACCAAGAAAAAUCWGAGACAGAAAAUCACCAAGACAUUCAGGGCAACUUGAAAGUUUUGAUUGAGAAGAUUCCAUUGCUAUCUGUUGAAGGURAAGGUUCAUUACAUAUGGAAGAUAAGGACACUGAAARAAUCCAGAAAUUCUCCUGYAAGUUUCAUGGAGACUUCCUGCUUGAGAAAACUCCAACCACCUUCCAGGAUGCAGUAGCAGUCUACCAAAGCCUGCCCAAGCUGCUGGGGKCCAGUGGAGAAAAYGCCGUACCAAUCAAGGUCUGGAUGCUGCCUCUGACCAACUUAGAUUCUUCUGCAGCUAAACUUGUCCGUGAAAUAAGUGUUAGGUUAGUUCAAGAAGUACAAAGUGUCCUGGAGGAGCUCAGUGRCCUGGAAAUAAGGUGCAAUGAURCAAUGAAAAACACAACAACACAGCAGUUUCCACAGAUYAACAAAAAACUUAAACGUUUUAAGAGUAUGUGCUCYGAGUUCAGGCUAGGAUUUCAACAAACRCUAGCAAAGAAACUCCCAUCAAUCCGAGGAGGAGGAGAAGAAGAGUCUGAGCUYGCAGAUGUCUUGAAGAAGAUUCAUUCCUCACCUUUCAACAGCAAAAACCUCAAUGACUGGAUUGACUGCAAAGAGAGAGAAAUACAUGCCCUGAAAUCCUACACCAGGAUGAUGAAGAACACCAAAAUCAUCCCAUCUCAAAACAUCCUUGAUGAAGAACUUCUCACUGCAGAGCAUGCUGUGUGUUUUGUCUUCAGCUCACUGGAAAGAGAUGAGCCAUACCUCUCUGCUUUGUCAAACUACCUCAAAGGCAGAACCAAGUCAGAGGAUUCACACAGUUAUGAUAUUGAGAAGGAACAAUGGUAUCUCUCAAACAACUUGRCAGAUGGAAUGARAASAAAAGUAAAACUUUUCAAUGAUUUUGCAGAGUCCAACACUGRGACCAAGAGGACAACAUUCCUGGCAGUCGGUCUAACAGAUGAGAAACAUGAAGGUUCAACCAUCUAYCUUUAURAAGAUGGCUUCCUCAUCAAWGAGAACUWUGAGCCUCCUUCAAAGCCUGAAASUGUGACAGCUGCUGAUAUAAACCACAGCAGUGUGACUCUGAAGGUUUCUCCUCCCAGGUUUGGAGCAGAGAGCAUCACAUCCUACUCUGUUGAGUUCUGUGUCAGAGGACAAGAUGGAUGGAGACAACAGAUUGAACCAGAAUCUGGAGAAAUCACAGUGACCCAACUGCAGCCAAACACAGAGUACGUGUUCAGAUGCAGAGCUGUGACCUCAGCAGGUGUUGGACCGGCCARUGUAUUCAAUGAUCCCAUUAAAACUUUACCCUGCAGCCCUCCUGGAGAACCUCAAGGUGAACCAAACUCUUCUGAGAUAUCAGUGAGUUGGGAGAAACCUGCUGAGCUCGGACCAGAUGUUCAGAUCCUGAGCUACAUUGUGGAAUAUGCAAGCAGAGCCGAUAGUUCAAAAGUAGAUCAUCUCAUCUGGAACCAAACAAGCUCAAAAGGUGAAAAGGUCAUCAUUUCAGGRCUUCAGUCAGAAACACAAUAUGCAGUCAGGGUCACAUGUGACUGUGGAGGAGCCGGCAGAAGCAAGGAAAGCAAGAUUGUUCAAAUUAAUACAACAAAGCGGGAAUUUGAACGACUUGCAGAAUAUCUAAAAAAUAUUAGCAAGAAGACAAACUCAAGUCUUCCAUCAGUCUAUGAACUCCCACUGAGAGAGGAUGACCUGGACAUAGAUGGCUGCAGAAGGUACAUACUUGGAAAGGAAAAUCUAAGACCCAACCGCACCAUCAUGCUCCUUGGAGCAACUGGAUCAGGAAAGUCCACUCUCAUCAAUGGAAUGAUCAACUUUAUUGUUGGUGUUGAGUGGAAUGACAGCUUCAGAUUUAAACUGAUCAAAGAGGAUUUAUCAAGAUCCCAAGCUCACAGUCAGACUUCAGAAGUCACUGUGUAUCAAAUAUACCACCAGGAUGGGUUUAAAAUCCCGUACUCUCUGACUGUUAUUGAUACUCCAGGCUUUGGAGAUACCAGGGGAGUAAAACGAGACCAGGAGAUCACAGAGCAAAUCCGAAGGAUUUUUACCUCUGCUGAUGGCGUCACAGAGAUUGAUGCCGUGUGCUUCGUUACUCAGGCCUCUCUAGCACGCUUAACAGCAACACAGAAAUAUGUGUUUGAUUCAGUUCUCUCCAUCUUUGGAAAAGACGUGGCAGAGAACAUUAUGAUGCUGGUCACUUUUGCAGAUGGCAAGCAGCCACCGGUUCUUGAGGCAAUAAAUGUCUCUGGGGUACCAUGUCCCAAAAACGACUUAGGAUUUCCAGUUCAUUUCAAGUUCAACAACUCUGCACUGUUUGCACAUAAUAAACACCAAGAAAGCAGCAGCACUCAUGAUGAGAAUUCUGAUGAAGAAGAGGAGGAGAACUUUGACGAAAUGUUUUGGAAAAUGGGGAUCAAAAGCAUGGAGAAGUUCUUCACUUCAUUGGGGAAAAUGACAUCCAAAAGCCUGCUGAUGACCAAGGAAGUUUUAAAAGAGCGAAAGCAACUUGAGACGGCCAUCGAAGGUUUGCAACCACAAGUCAAAGCAGGAUUAGCCAAACUUGAAGAAAUCAAGACAACCAAAGAAAAGAUCAAGGAGCACGAAGCCAUCAUCAGUUCAAAUGAAAACUUUGAGAUUGAAGUGGACGUUAUUAAGCCAAUCAAAAAACAGCUCACAGAGAAGGGAGUGUACAUUACCAACUGUUCAAGGUGCUCAAUAACAUGCCACUACCCAUGUAUGAUAGCAAAAGACAACGAGAAGCAUGGCUGUGCAGCAAUGAAUAACGGAGGAGUGUGCACCGUAUGUCCUGGAAAAUGCAUUUGGAAUGUGCAUUUCAAUCAAACAUACAGGUGGGAAUACGUCCAAGUGAAAGAGAAGACGACAGUACAAGAACUGAAAAGCAAGUACGAAAAUGCUGCAAAGCAAAAGCUGACUACUGAGCAACUGAUUCAGAGGCAAGAGGAAGAGAUUGCUCACCUGCAAGACAUAAUGCUUUCUCUCAUGGAUCAGUCAGCCAACUGCAUCACUCGUCUUCAAGAGAUUGCCCUCAGGCCAAACCCUCUGGCUGCUCCAGAUUACAUCGAUAUGAUGAUCGAAGGAGAGAAAGCAGAGGCCAAACAGGGGUACCAGGCCCGAAUCAAGUCUUUGGAGGAAAUGAAGGAGAAGGCCCUACUCAUGUCCAAAAUGUCAGGACAGGACAAAUUCACAAAAACAGAUGAGCAACUUUCUGUUGACAGACAAAAGGAAAGCAAAGGCCUUAAGGAGAAAUUUCUAAAUUUAUUUGGAUAUUCAAAAUAAUGUCAGCAGGUCUACGGAUUUAUUAGAACAAUUUUUAGCAGAAUAUAGUUUCAAGUAGAAUUGUAAAAGUGGGAUACUUUUGCGCUUUUUAAGUCACGCUCUGAUUAUUAUGUAUGCGGUGUUGAUUUAUGACUCAAUUUAAAAGAAGUGAGAAAAAAGUUUUAAGAUAAAAUUAUUUUUAUCAAUAAUGCCUGAAAAAUACAAAUCGAAAUAUUGAUGUAAUUCUAAUAUUUCUAACAAAAAUUUUAAACAAUCACUAUUACGCAGUUAUUUUAGCCAAUAAUGUCAUAAGUUUCUGACUGUUCCUGUAGUUCAUGCAAGUCAGUAUAUUAAAGCUGUUGGCGUCUACAAAUGGCUGGAUUUGUUAUGUUGAUGCUUUUAUUAGUUUUCUUUUUAAUCUAAUUUGCUAUGAAUUUUGGAAUUAGUUCUUUUGUCUUAAGCAGUAAUUACAUUUUUCAGCAAUACCUGAUAAAAUUUAGUUUGUACUGAUUUUCAGUCAACCUACUUCAGAAUGCUUAGUGUAUGAGAAAGAGGUCUUUUAUAUAAAAGUUGAUAAAAUAAAAUGUGUAAAAUGCAUGUAUCAGCAAUUAAUUUCUAGCAUAAUUUGAGUGAUAUUUUGCUGUAUUUU